AUGAGAAGCCUUGCAGGGACACUUCCAGCAAUUUCCCCGGAUAAUCGCAUUGUACAAACUGUCUGCAAUUUUCCGUGCGGUUUUGCACCUCAGCAGCUGUCUUUUCACGGCGUGUCAACAAAUCUGUCCGAGACCAUUGCAACAGAGUUUGAUGAGCAACAGCACAUCAAAUUUGAUGAAGCCGCGUCAAAUUCAGGCAUUUCCCAGACCUCCUACGCACAAACUCUGUUCGAACGCGGUGACGGGAUUACUAUUCCACCUCUACCCAAAGAGGCAGCGGAUGGAAACGAAUUUGAGUGCCCGUAUUGUUUCUUCAUCGUCAUUAUACGGACCCAGCGCGAAUGGGCUCGUCAUAUUUUCAAUGACCUCAUGCCAUACAUAUGCGUAUUUCCCGAUUGUCCUACACCAAGCCUGCUCUAUGCCAGCCGCCGAGAAUGGUACCAUCACUUGCAGACCAAGCACUCAUUACAGUCCGAUCUGGAGACCAAGGUUGAUUGCCCCUUAUGUCGCGAGGGGGUACCAGGAAUUGGUCUUCAAAGGCAUCUCGGGCGCCAUUUAGAAGAGCUAGCGCUGUUUGCCAUACCGCGAACAAAUGAAGACGAGAAUUACAAUUCGAAUGCGUCAAAGCUGUCAGGUUCACAGGCCGGUGCUCGAUUUGGUGGCGAUGUAUCGGACGACGAAAUGUCGGAGAACGAAGAACGGUCGGAUACUACGCACUUCGACCCGGAGCCCCAGGCGGACUUGCCGCCGCCAGAGUCCUCGCACCGGACCAUCCUGAGUCACGUCAUGCAAUUACGAGAAUCGAGUUCCAGCAGUGAAUCUGGUGAGGAUUCAAAUAACGACAAUGAGUCCAUUCAGAUUAUGGUGGCACCUUCCACUUCGUCUCAAGAUGCAGCUGCAGAAGAGACAAGAGGUACUACAGGGAGGCUGGAUCUGGGAUAUCGACUUGGGGAAGAGCAAGAGGAAAAUGACAUGGUGAUGCACGCUCCAUCAGAAGAGUUUAUUCAUGCAUUAGAAAGUCUGCAAGAGGAGAUGCUGAACGGGUUGAGAAAUGACCUGAUGUUCAAUAUAUCAGAAGAUCAAGUACAGAUACCGCACAGCCUGCUUUCAAUCAUGACACUGAACGCCGAUAACCCUCUCAAAAAUGAGGAUUUCAUGAGAACAGACAUAGCACCGGAUAAUCAUUCACGGAUGGCAGAAUUCCGACUUGAAGGAACACCAGAAGGAGGAGAACAAGGAUGGCGGGUUUCGGGAGCUGCCGAAAGUGAAGUCAGCUACACGGAAGAGCAGAACAAUGAAACGCGACAAAAGAAGAGAGAGGAACCAAAUGGACCGGUGAUUACCACGUACAUCAAGCUACCUCCAGCCCGAGACUCUGAGAGCUUACAAUCUGCCAUGGGAACGAGACGAAACAUGGAUCUCCGAGGACUUUCAGGAAGAGCUCUUUGCACACACGCGACGCCUCCGCGAGGGCAGAUUACCUCAGGCCUCGAAUGUCGAGUCUCAGGACAAGAAGCCGGACAAACACUCGCCCCAGAGCAGCCGAGACCCAUUCCCAUCGCUGUGGCGAGUACCGCGGCCAAGAAGAAAAUCAUUUUAGAAAAUUGA